AUGAAAUUAAUCAUCUUUUUAUUUGCUAUCUUUGCUUUGGUUGUAAACGCAACUAAUCAAGAUCCCUAAUGUCUUGUAGACCUUAAAAAUAAAUAAGUUUGCAAAGAAAACGAUUCUUUAUGUUCUCUGUAGCUUGGUAACUUUAAUAAGUGUAUAUAAUAAUGUGCUGAUUAAAACAGUUAAGAUUAAUAUGCUAAUACACUUUGUGUUAUUAAUAAUUGUAAAUCAAGUAACGCUACAGUGAUACCUUUUUAUUGGGAUGUGGUGGAAUGCUUAUAAUCAAGUACUGUUUAUGACCCUAAAAGCCCUGAGAUAAACUCAGAAAAUUGCCUAACUUACUUAAAUAAUAUGGAAACCUCUUAAACUAUAUGUAAGUAAGGUGAUACUGACUGUAUUGCUGCAGCUAAAUCUUUAAAAGAUUGUUAUUAAACCUGUAAGAGCUAAAAUGGGUACGAUUAAAGAUUAUCUUGUGUUAAAAAUACUUGCAGUUCUAAAAAUGAAAUUGUACAAUCAUUUUUGAAUGACCUUUUAAAAUGUUAAUCAAGUACCAACUCAAGAGGUUCAACAACCAAUUCAUCUAUAAUUGCAUUACAGAUUACCAUUUUGUUCAUUUCCUUAUUCAUUCUUAUGUGA